GGCUCCGCGCCUUGCGGGAGACACGGCGACCUCGGGCGGUGGGUCGCGUAGGUCGGGCAUGGCGGCGUGGCUCCCGGCCGCCGCGGCGCCUGUGCUCCGCGGGAUCCACGGGCUGCCUCUUCUCCACUCUGCCCAUCGGAUGUUUGCCUCCCAGACUGAGGGGGAGCGCAAAGUGACCCAAAUUCUCAAAGAAAAGUUUCCUCGAGCAACAGCUAUCCAAGUCACCGACAUUUCAGGAGGCUGUGGGGCAAUGUAUGAAAUUAAAAUCGAAUCAGAAGAGUUUAAGGAGAAGAGAACCGUCCAGCAGCACCAGAUGGUUAAUCAGGCACUAAAAGAAGAAAUCAAAGGUAUGCACGGAUUGCGGGUAUUUACCUCCAUCCCUAAACAUUGACCACACCCUGGCUGUGUAGCUGCUGCUGCUUGAAACCUUGGAUGAACUUGACGGACACCAUUCUUCCCUAGGCAUUUGCCAAAAAAUUUAUCUAUUUUGUUCAUAGACAUUUCCAUAUUAUAAUUAUAGAAGAUAUGUUAUCUAUUUAGAUGUUAAUUAAAGGUACCAGACAACUGAA